AAAAAAAGGAUCCCAUACCUACCAAACCACCCACCAUGCCCGCACCCUACAAACUCAUAAUCCUCCGCCACGGCCGCUCAACAUGGAACGAAAAAAACCUCUUCACCGGCUGGGUCGACGUCCCACUAAACGAGCAAGGCACAACCGAAGCCAUCCAGGCCGGAAACCUCCUCAAAGAAUCCGACUGGCUUCCAGAUCUCCUCUACACCUCACUCCUCCGCCGAGCCAUCGUAACCGCGAACCUGGCUCUGGACGAAGCAGACCGGCUCUGGAUCCCCGUCAAGCGAAGCUGGCGUCUAAACGAACGCCAUUACGGCGGCCUCCAAGGCCUCAAUAAAGCCGAAUCCGCGGAGAAACAUGGCGAGAAACAAGUCAAGAUUUGGAGGAGGAGUUAUGAUACACGACCUCCCGGGACGAGUGGGGAGUAUCGCAAAACCGAGGAUUUCGAUGGGAGGUAUCGGAAUGCGGGGAUUGAGGUUCCGAGGACGGAGUGUUUGAAGGAUGUUUUGGAGAGGGUGUUGCCGUAUUGGGAGAGUGAUGUUGUGCCGGAUUUGCAGAUGGGAAAGGUGGUGUUGAUUGCUGCGCAUGGGAAUAGUUUGAGGGCUUUGAUGAAGUAUAUGGAGGAUAUUGCGGAUGGGGAUAUUGCUGAGGUGGAGAUUCCGACUGGUGUGCCUAUUGUUUAUGAGUUGGAUGAGGAGUUUAAGGGGAAGGGGAAGCGUUUGCGAUAGGAAAUCUUGUCGGGGUCGGGGAAGGUGAGGUGAGCUCUGUGGGCUAUACACCAUCGAUGCUGCUUGUCUUCCCACGGACCUUGCUCACAAUGUCAUGACUGCUUACCAACUUAGUCUGCUAAAAGGGCUAGAUAGACUUGCCUUGGUGUAGCGAAAUCUUCGUGCCAUUCUGCACGUGCGG